CUGUAACCCAUGCAAUUACAAAUGGCUGCGGAGACUUAGGACGACGAAAACAAUUUACCAGUUUUUUCAUCCACUUUUAUCACAUUCAUCUCGACCAAUAUCUUAAUUUUGUUACUAAAAUCUAAAAGGAUCAUAUAUUGUCCACUCAUUUAGCGUGUCAUUUAUACUAACCGAAUCACUCAAACGGAGGGAAAAUGUCGGGAAAGCUGAAGGUUGCUGUUGUUUGUUCGAGUAAUCAAAACAGAAGUAUGGAGGCGCACGCAGUACUAAGCAAAAAGGGCUACAACGUCAAAUCAUUCGGAACUGGUGCAAACUGUAAACUUCCCGGCUCCGCUCCAGACAAACCAAACAUCUACGACUUUCGGACGACCUACGAGGAGAUGUACAGGGACCUGGAAAGCAAAGACAAACAACUCUACACACGAAACGGCAUCUUGUCCAUGCUGGACCGAAACAGACGCAUCAAGCAGCGGCCGGAGAGAUUCCAGAACAGCAAGGAGAAGUUUGACAUUGUGGUAACGGCUGAGGAGAGAGUCUACGACCAAGUUAUAGAAGAUUUCAAUACAAGGGAAGAAGACUCGGGCGAACCUGUGCACGUGAUCAACAUCGAGAUCAUGGACAACCACGAAGAGGCCACGCUAGGGGCGUUCACCAUCUUGAAAUUGUGCCAACUUCUUGAAGGGUGCACGGACUUGGAGAGAGACAUUGAUGAAAAAAUACUGAAGUUUGAGCGAGAAAGCAACAGGGAUAUCCUACACACUAUUUGCUUCUACUGACGGGACAAAAAUUGAAUGAACACUGUACAUGUAGGCCUACCUCGAUAGUGUGUCAGCAUCAUCUCCAGGGACCUCAAACCAGAACUCUUUAUGUUGAUGAUGAUGUCAUUAAACCAAGCACUGCUAGUGUGUGGAGCCUAUAUAUAGGAAUGCUGAGUUUAACCCGUGCUGAGUUUGAACUGUGUGAGAAAUGCGCGUGCGUGGACAUGAGUAGUUAAUAGCAAGACUGGCGCCAUGCAGGGCCGGGUCCGAAUUACUUGACUACGGCUGGAAAUAGCACACGGGUCCAUGAGAAGUGGCUGUAGCCACUUCCAUUGAAGCGUGUAGCCACUUACAUAGGCGCGUGUGUAAUUUUUCAGCCAUAGCCAAGAAAUUCGGACACGGCUCAUGUUUAUGUUCUAUAUAGGUGGAGGGGGCACCAGACCGAGGUCAGUUCUCAAACUUCGGUUCUAUCACCAGCUUAGGCUCCAGGUUUCAACUCCCAUUUAGAAAUCGGGCUUGAUUGUGUCUAUUUUUUGCAACUGUAACAUCCAAUCUAAACAGUUCUGAGUCUGAAUUUCGAAGUUUUGUCAGUUUUGUUUCAACAAUGAAUGCAUUGCAUUUAACGAUUUAGGUUCAAGCUUUAAACGGUCCCAGGCCAAAGAUGAAGUUGAAGCCAGAGACGUCCAAGUGCGCCCUCUGUUGUUAUACGUAAGGGGAGGUCUGCAUCCGCAACGCGCACCGCAGAGGUUCAUUAUUUUGUUCACAUAAUAAUAUUCCCACCAUAAUUUAUUUUCCUAUAACUAUUGUACUUGUCUUAUUUUAAAUUGCUGAAAGUUAUUUUUCUUUAGUGGGCAGUUUUGCGGUAUUUUGUUUGAUAUUGCACAAGUUAAUUACAGCUUCCAUUAUAAAUAUGCUUCGUUUAGAUAAAUUUAAUGAUGUAGAUAUGUAUUAUCAAGUUUACUAACAUUUUGGUAUGAAAAAAAAUCAGGCAUUUUAAACCGUACCUAUACGACUUUGAAAGUUGCACUGUGACACAAAUCAAUUCUGGAUUACAUAGAAAAAUUAAAUUGAUCAGAAAAUUAAAAUUGUCUUACAAAGCCAAUUGUA